AUGGGAUCAGUUUGAAUUCCGAGCAACCAGCAGCGGAAAAGUUUACCCAAAAUGAAGUCUCUUAUAAAUUGUUUAGUUUUCUUCUUUAUAACUGCCACUUUGGCGUAUAGUUCGUCAUAUGAGGAGAAGAGUACUCCAGAAUACCCAGCUGUUCUUGGAAACAUUCUUGAAGUUCUGGAAGAAAACGGCCUAACAACAUUUCUCGACUUGGCGAUCAAAACUGGUGUAGCGGAAACUCUUCUUGGACCUGGACUGCCUGGAGUAAUAUUUCCACCAGGAAUUCCACUUUUUGCACCAACAAACGCAGCGUUUGCCGCAUUGGGUCCAAAGAAGUUGAAGUCCUAUUUGGAAAAUCCUCAAAAACUCAAGGAAUUAAUAACGUAUCACACGAAUGCGUUGAUUCCACAAAUGAUUUCUUCUAUUAGAAUUGAGGGAAAUUUUCUGAGAACUAGCCAAGCGACGGGCGCUCCAAAUGAGCCCAUCCGUUACAACAGAUACGGUCAAAAUGGAGAGAUUUUAACCAUCAACGGAGCUCUGAGAUUGAAAACUUUGAGAGCAAGUAAUGGUGUCAUUUACGUGAUCGACAGAGUUCUUGAACUUCCUCCGCCCCUGAACUCGUUCUUUGAGGUUUUAAAACGCAACGGAAACUUUACAAUUCUGUUGGGUGCUUUUGUCGAUGUCGGCUUUGUCGCUAGAGAAACAACCGGCCCUUUCACGCUGUUUGCACCAACCGACGAUGCUUUCAGACGCCUUCCACGCGACUUGAUCGGCUACUAUUUUACCCAUCCAAACGAAUUUUUGUGGAGAGUCAUUAACAAUCACUGGGUUUCCGGAACUUUCUACAGCCGAGGACUCACAACUGGUCCCAUCCCAGUCUUUUCUGGCGGUACCGUCGACGUUGUUGUAACUCCCGGCGGCAUCACGUUUGGUGGUGCCAACGUUGUUAAGGCUGACCUUUCAUCUUCCCAAGGAGUAAUCCAUGCCAUUGACGAAGUCAUUCUGACAACCAACGAGGGUAUGACUGAUACAUAUUAUGCUGACAACAAACAAGACCACUACUAAGAAAACCCGAAUUCAAAAUAUCGUAAUAGCAAGUGCUGUUUUCAUUGUGCUUAAUGCGGUGCUAUGUAACAGUGGUAUGACGAAAUUAAUAUAAUUAUUUCCUCUUA